UGUAUGAUUAUUUUGCUCUGCUUGGGGUAUGAUCAUCUCAUUUUAUAUCCAUAAUAUCUGAUAUUUAUUUCAUUUAUUCUUUGUUGUUGUUGAUUAUUUUAUUUUGGUCUUUUGUUGUUGUUAUUUUUUCUUUAAAUCGAUUAUUAAUAACAUGGUGUUUAAUUGUGUUGCAUUUUUGUUAGGUAGAUAGACAUAUAUGAGGCAAUGCUAACUAACAUUUCCCUGAUGUUGCUCUUCAUGUGAUGAACACGUCACACAACUUAGAAGAAAACCCUUUGAGGUACUGCUUUUUUGUUACAGCAUGAGAGAGUAAUGUGACACUGUACUUGUUUUUGGGUUUGUCUGUUGUAUUUGAAGCUACAGCAUUUCAUCUUUCUUCCACACAAACCGGAGACAUGAAACAAACACUGUUUAGUCACUACAAUAGCAAACUCAUAUGUUUUCACUCUAUUCUAAAUGAGUAAUUAUAAAGUUGUACAAUUGUGAAAAACCCUGGCCAGUGGGAAACAGAUGCAUGUGAUAAUGUAAUGAGUGUGAUAAUCAUCAAGCUAAAAGAACUAUAACAGUGAACGUAGUGACUUUGUUCUAGUGCAAAACUAAAUCCAGCUUAAAAUGUAAAAUAUCUGCAAUGUGGAUCGUCAAUGAAAUUUACAUUUGAAUACAGUCCAGGUAGUCUUUUCUUGUUUUUUAGAUAUAUUUUAGUGUGAAUGGAAAACAUCUUGAGUUAAUAUGAGCCACCUUGUGGUUUAACAUUAGAGAUUAGACUUUUAGAUUGUGACCGACGAUGAGAAACAGCAUUGUUGGAGGCUGGAAUGGGAAUUCAUGAGCCCACAGCAGACUUUGGUGCAGGGGAGAGAGGUUUUUGAUAGUCAGACAAAACAGGUGUACGAAGCAUUCAUUAAAUCUGUUGUUUCAUUUCUGUGGCCAAUGUUCCUAUGAAAUGUGAACUUCGUUUGUUUACGGAUGGUGUGACAUAUUAAAAGAUGUUUUUCCACAUUCCUAAUGCACCAACUACUCGCCCUUUUUUUUGUAUGGUCUUGUUGUCCGCCAUUAUUCAAUUCCUGCUAAGCUGUUGUAACAUAUUGUCCCUGACUGUACUAGUCCCAUUUACUUUAUCAACUCCAUGUCUCCACUGUCCCAUGCUGUUUGACAUGCAUAUUUCUUGAUCCCACAAGUGAACAUUAUUAAUCCAGAACAGAGCAGACACAUCACAGGAACUGAGAGGAACUGUGUCUCUGCAGCUUUCACUUUGGCAUCAGAUCCUCUGCGGGGGUUCAGACGCCUGCUCUUUAGCUUUGGUGUGUUUUCUAACCGGCCUUCCUGGAUCCACUGAGACACAUGGAACUCACCACAAUUAGUGUUUUGUUUUGCCGUUUGAUGAGUCCUCUGCGAGUAAAGCAGAGUGACCCAGCGAGGGUUAACAUGAAGCAACUCUGUGUUCCCUCCUCCUGACGCUGACGGAGCACUCACACACACUUUCUCCACUGAGGCCAGAACAGAGCCAGAGAGGAGGGACUGUACGCAGCUCUGAGAGCCAGCUGUCGUUCGCUCAGAGCUGGGUCUUUUCUCUCCCUGACUCCCCCGUUCUCCACUGGCCUCAUCACUCCAUGGGACUCCAGACUUGGCCUCCAAGCAAACCACCACUGUCAUCUAUGGCCUGCCUUGAUGUGGAGACCCCUUCCAUCUGCAGGGGUAAAUUCAAAUCAGUCCUCCAGCUCUGUCUGCAGCAGAGAAGAACUCGGGAGCAGCUUGUUGACCAAGGCAUCAUGCCACCUCUGAAAACGCCCGCUGCAUUUCAUGAGCAGAUUCGCAACCUGGAGAGAGCCAGGACUGGGAACUUCUUGAAACACAAACUCUGCAGCAGACCUGAGCGCUCGGAGCUAGUCCGUAUGCACAUCCUGCAAGAGACGCAGGCAGAGCCGUUACUCCAGGCCACACAGAUGAAGCUGAAGAGGGCCAGACUGGCUGAUGAUCUCAAUGAGAAGAUCGCCCAGCGGCCUGGAGCGAUGGAGCUGGUGGAGAAGAACAUCCUGCCUGUAGACACUAGCGUCAAAGAGGCCGUGAAUGGUGAUGAGGCAAACUACCCUAAGACCCCAGAUGUGUACAACUUUGAUGAGGACAGCAGUGGUGCGUUAACACCAGAACAGACUCACAGCCAAGAAUCUCCCAGCUCUAGCUCAUCCUCUUUGAGGGAGUAUGGAGGCACUGAGUCCUCCUCUGUUUCCUCUAACCUAAACUCUUCCAUUCAGCACUCACCACCACCACCCAUCUCGCAGUCCACAUCAGAUUUAGUGAACAUUGUUUCCAUCAGUGAGCAACAAAGCAACCAACAAUCAACUACACCUCAGCCAAUCGCCACUGUCGUCACCAGUAUCACAACAGGGCCAGUUCUUGUAAAGCAAAGCCUCCCCAAGUCAGCCAGCGAUAAAAGCCGCAGCAAAAAGAGCAAAGAGCCAAAGCCACGAGUGAAAAAGCUGAAGUAUCAUCAGUACAUUCCCCCGGACCAGAAGCAGGAGCACAAUGACGUACCAAUGGACUCUGCCUAUGCCCGCCUCCUGCAGCAGCAGCAGCAGUUCCUGCAGCUCCAGAUCCUAAAUCAGCAACAGCAGUUCAACUACCAAGCUGUCCUGCCUGCUACACUCAAACCAACAACUGAGGUACAAACCAGCUGCUCCAGUGCUACUCUGAGUGGAAACGCUGUGUCUGCCCCUGUGCAGCCCCGCCACACUCAGACGAACCGCAAGCCGGAUCAUUUACCAGCCAAUCUGGAUGAGAUGAAGGUUGCUGAGCUGAAAAUGGAACUAAAACUCAGAUCGCUGCCUGUUUCAGGGACUAAAACGGAUCUGAUAGAGAGGCUAAAGUUGUAUCAGGAGAGCUCUAACAUUCAGAUUACUGCUGCCAUGGAGACACCAGCUGUCACAGCAGCUUCACAAUCUGGAAACAUAAAGUUAACCCCACCCGUGUCCCCUAUAGCCUCAAAGGUGUCCAGUCUGGGCAUAGAGGACAGUAGUAUGGCAGCCAGUCCCUCAAAGCUUUCAGACACUUUGUCUCCAACUCAUGCUGCUCCCUGUGUGAGCUCCCCACAAAGAGCUCCACCAGAAGAGUGCUCCAUGGAGACGAGGUCCUGUGAGAAAGACAAACGUCUCCAUGAGAAGGAACGUCAGAUCGAGGAGCUGAUGAGGAAACUGGAGCAGGAACAGAGGCUGGUGGAGGAGCUGAAGUUGCAGCUGGAGGUGGAAAAGAGAAAUCAGCAAGGAGAUUCUCCACCUCACCUUAGCCCUCUUGCUCCUGUCCAGAUCAAAGAGGAAAACAGGACCCCAUCAAACUGCUCAGCAUCUUGUAGCUCUCCUGUUCUGCCAGUGGUGGUGAAACAGGAGGAAGCUGCAGAUCAGAGUUGCUUGGCUCCUCCAAAUCAGUUCAUCAUCAGCCACCAGACCAUCAAGCAGCCUAAAACUCUGCAGCCUGUCCAGGCUGGAGCUCAGAUCCUUCUGCCUGCAUCCCUUCCUGCUUCAGCAGUCCCUAUCCAACUGCCUGCCAACGGCAUCAAAUUACACACUACUGUUAACAGCACAGCCCCAGGCCUCGUCCAGACCUCUGGACAGGUGCCACAGAAAAUAGAAGCCUUAGCACCACUACAGCAGCAAUGCAGCACUCAGACUCAGCCACUGACAAAGACGUGGAGGAUGGAUGCUACAGCACAAAGCUUACUCAACACAUUCCCAGCAACUGGACCACUGGCAGCAGCCUCCUCAAGCCAAACUGUCCAGAAAAGAUGUACAAAGAAGUCACCUCAUCCCAGCCAACCAGCUCUGAUCUUACAGCAGCCAAAAUUCACAAACCAUGUAUCAAAGUGGAGGGACCCGCCCCGCUAUGAGGAUGCAGUUAAACAGACCCGUAUGCUGACAGCUGUUCAGGGUCCCUCUGCAGCCAGCCAGCAGAUGGAUGAUCUGUUUGAUGUGUUGAUCGAGAGCGGUGAGAUCUCCCCCUUCAUCAAACAGGAUCAUCCCAGUCUGGACAAGCCUCUCCCUGUGACGGCCAGUGUAACCACCCUUCCCAUUAACACUGUUUUAUCACGCCCUCCACCCCUGGUCAAAGUGGCCCAGCUGCCUGCUGCACCGCUUGACCCUUCGAGCAGCUUAGCAGCCCUGACCUCUGACACCCAGCUGGAAACACUGCUGGACGGCACACUGGGCGCUGACACAGACACACAAACACUGAAGCUGAUGGAGGAGCUUCACUCACCUUUGGUCAGCAUGGAGGUGGACUUCAAUGAAAACACACAGCCCUCUGCCUUGAACCUGCACAACUCCAACAUGGAUAACAUGGAUUGGCUGGACCUUACCCUGUCUGUGCCAGCAGACGGAGUCAACACUUUGGACAUGUCAGCGCCAGUGGGCGUCUUCUCCUCUGACUUCCUGGACUCACAUGAACUGCACUUGAACUGGGACUGACUGCUGUCAAGGUGAUCCUUACACCUUGUUUCCCGUGUGGGAAAAAAAAAAAAAAAACAUUUAGGGGCUGGCACAGCUCUGUUCUGCUUUAUGGUCAGAUAACUCAGCUUGGUAAUAAUCUAAUCAUGCAGCGUGUCUUUAGAAGCUGUGGCAUUGCUUCCUUUGAGGUCUUUAAGCCCUCUGAUUGUAUGGAGAGACUGACAUAAAGUAGAGCUGGUACUGGCAGAUUGAGCUGACAGUGGAAAUGGCUAGAUUUCAGUCUCAAGUUAUGCCACUGUUUUGUUAUCAAUCUGCUCUCAUGUUAUUGAUCCCUCUUUUUUCUGAUUUAAAUGAAUGUACUGUGUUGUAUUGAUCGUAGUCGAAGCAGAAAGAAAGAAAGAAAACGUCCUGUUCCUGGUUAAAGAGCUCACAGACAAACACUGCAUGUAGCUGGAGUCUGUUAUAUAGUUCACUCCACCCUGUCUUGGAACGGUUAUCAUUAAUUUGUUCGUGGUCAAACAAUCAAAACAGAACACACUCGCAUCCGCUUCAUGUUAAAUCAGAUGCUUAACUGAACUGCUGCAAAUAUGAAAAACACUUGACUGCCUGAUAAGAGUCAUAUUAGUGUCAAGCAGCACUGAAGAAACGAGUCUGACCAACCCUGUAUUUAUUAAAAAAUACCCUUUCAACAUUGUUUCAUCUCUAAACCAGUUCUGACAGUGUGCAGAUGUUUCUUUAGUGCUGAGAAUGACUCCACUCUACAUCUUGGUAAAAUAUACUGCACACAGUUUUUUAAAAACCGAGAAGCUUUAAAGGGAAAAUCCUCAGUUACAUUGAUGGCCAACUAGUCAGUGCAUCAUUCAGUGCUCAUCAGUGACUCAUAAAAGGUUUAAAGAUUUCAUCUUAGAACAUUAAAAUGACUGAAAUAGGAUCAGCUUGAAUUUGUUUAGGUAGUUUAUUUAAGAGGAAUAAACCUGGCAAACCUUACCAGACCAUGAUCUAGGUGCACGGCAUUACAGUGUAACAACAGAUACAUAAAAACAGUAACAAAAUCCAUCAGCAUGACUCACUGAUAACUUGUUAUCACUUCAUUUCAUACUGAGACAACCUUAAUGCACAUCAGUGAAUUUGUAUUGUAGUGACAUCUGCUGGUUACAUCGAGAAAAUCCAGUGUAAAAAAGACACGACUCAGUAUCAUUGUCUGCUUCUGUAGAUUAUCUGGAGUGACGCUGACGCUCAUCUGAAUGUUGAAGGAACUGAUGAGAAAAGGUCUUACAUGUAAUUAUAUGAUUUUUGUUUGUUUUUUUUCUUCCUGUCAGCGCAUAAGUGCCUCAUUUGACAAUCCAAAUGUCGCCCUUUAAAAAGGAUUGUGUGCUGGAAUGAGAAAUACUUUAUCUUUACUAUACUAGUAUAACUCAACACCAAGAAACAUUGUAAUGCAUAAUUUAUAUGCCAUAUGUUUUACACAUUGUGUAUUUAUGUGACCUUUUAUACAAAUGUAGCAGGCAUUUUGUAAAUACAGAGAUUAUUUAGGAUUUCACUGUAGGGCUAUCAACAUCCCCAUUAUGCCACUCACCCCUUAAUGCUUGUGAUUAAAAAACAA